UAAUAAUCAUUUUGAGCAAGUACUUUGACUCAUUUGCAAAGCUCCUCUCCAACAGGAACCCAGUUGCUGCCCUAGGCACACUCGUCCUACUCUCUUAUUCCAAACUCUUACGGUUUAUCAUUGCUGCACUGCAAUACAGGGUCUUGGAUUAUCCUGAUGGUGCAACCAAGGUAUUGGAUUUUCCCAACAAUUCAAGUGAUAUAGUUUGGAUGUAUGACGGCAAUGUGCAAUAUUUCACUUCUGGUCACGUCCCUCGGUUUGUUUUUGCCGCCAUAAUCCUCAUUUCUGGUAUAUUGUUCACUGUAGUGCUCUUCUUUGGACAAUGGCUUCCUCUCUGUUCAAAAUGGAAACUCAUGAAAUGGACUAAAAACACAUACUACAAUGGCUUCAUGGAUGCAUACCAUGCUCCAUUCACUCCCAAGCAUCGCUACUGGGUGGGACUGCUCCUUUUGACUCUGAUCACUCAUAAUCUAAUAACUGCCUUGGCUUUGGACAAUUCUCUACCCGUACUAUCAGCUGGGGUUCUGUCUGUUGGACUAAUCAGCUGGAAAUUACUGAAUAAUCGUUUGUACAAAAACAAAUUCCGUGAUUCCCUCGAAACUUUGUAUCUACUCAAUAUUGUUUGUCUAGCAUUUGGUACCUCUUAUGUCAAAGAUAGCAGGAAAGAUCAGUCAGCACUAGCCAAUACUUCGAUGACUAUAUCCUUUAUCAUCUUUGCAAUAACACUCUCUUACCAUUUUUAUCAAUUCGUACUCAAGAAGACCAAUACAUGGCUGAAGAUAGAAGACAUUGUAAGGAAUUUAGGAGUUGAUGUUGCAGACAGACGAGCUAACAAUGGUCGAGAAAUGUAUCAGCCAGUAGUCAAUGCAAAUGAUGAUGAUGAAUUACUUGAAGUAGUAGACGACUAUGAACAAAGAGACGCCUUGAACCCACCGUACACUGAUGGAGCCAUGGAAGAAGCUGACCCUGAUCGUUACAUCACUCCUCCCAUCAUCAGACCUGCCACGAGGCCGGACCAGCUGAGACUAUCCUACAUGGAUGAACUAGCCCCCCUCACCACAGAGGACUACAGACCAGCCCCUCCCCCUACAAGAGUCAACCACCGUCCUGCUGUUACAUGCACAGAAAUUGGUCCCAUACAUAAUAAAGUCUAAACUCACGACUUAGAUUAGAAUGAUAAUAUUAAUUAUUGCUGAUUACAAUAUUCAUUGCUGUUUUACUAGUUUAGAGAAAACUAAUUAUCCUCUCUAUUGUUUUACUAGUUUUAUUAUCCUCUGCUAGCUGUUAUUAUGAUUUGUGUUGUGACUGUAGCUAAUUAAUGUCCACAAGAUAACACACGUCAAACUCUCAAUUAUAAUUAUAGCCAACAAACAAAAUUAUAAGUAUAUCUAGUAUUU